AUGGAGACCCUCCUGCAAGAGCUUAGCUCAGCUUCCAAGCUCUUAACUGAUUUUAAGGAGAUGUAUGAAUAUGAGAGGCGUUUAAAAACCUUCACCAAGUGGCCCUUCCAGGAGAACUGCAAGUGCACUCCAGAGAAUAUGGCAAAGGCUGGCUUCAUCCAUUGUCCAGGUGAAAAUGAACCAGAUGUGGCAAAAUGUUUCUUUUGCUUGUUAGAACUGGCGGACUGGGAACCAAAUGAUGACCCAUGGGAGGAGCACACCAAACGUCACACCUGUGACUUUUUAUCCCUUCCCAAGCACUUUGAUGAGCUGACAAUGGAGGAGUACUACAUGUUGGAGAUGACUCGACUGAGGACCUUCAUUUGCAAAGUUGGCAGGUGCACAAUAAACUCUUUUCAAGAAGAAGUCGCGGCAACGAGGCAGAGGCUCGUGGAUUACUUUGGCUCCAAACCCCAGCUCCCGGCACCGCCGCCUCCCGGGGAUGAGGCAGCAGCCCAGCAGCCGGGAGGCUCAGCUGCUGGCCAAAAGGAGCCCAGGACGAGUGGGCUGUGA